AUGGGGCAGUCUCGCCCCACGCCCGGGAGUCCGCAGAGAGACGAGAAUAAGGCCGAGAGUAGAGUCCAGGCGCCUUUACUCUGUAUCCAUUCUCUUCCUCCUCAAUUGUUUUCCAUGUCGGUUACAUCCAUGAUGAAUUCUGAUGAAACUGGGCCUGGAAAUGGGGCCGGGAAAUAUGAAUCCAGGAAAUCCAGCAAAGCGAAAUGUUCCUCAAGCGGAGAAAGGGGAUAUAAAAUCGGAUUUGUAGCCGACAAACAAUAG